AUGGCAGGCCAGACCUCCAAGGAUGACAGCGCCAGUCGCAUUCGUGCAACCGCUCUCAGGCACGCCUUGGACAUCCAGGAGAAAAAGAAACUACAAACGCGGAUCACAGAUCUUGUGAUCGAGGCUUUUGACCUGCCAUCAAGUCCAGACGCCGACCCGGCACGUCCGCGGCCCUCCGAUGUGGCCUUGUUCAAGGAGUGUCUGGGAUUAUUUCAAGCUUCAGAUUUGGACGACCUUAUCUACGAACGGAACGUGGAUAACCGAUGCGGCUAUGCCCUCUGUCCGAAGCCAAAUCAAAAAUUGGCACACGACGCCAAGAAGGUUUGGAAUGGGAAGGGAGGAAAAGAUUUCGCUCUGGUUGAUAAGGCAGAGUUGGAAAGGUGGUGCUCGAAGGCUUGCCGAGAUAGAACCACGUUUGUUCGAGCCCAACUCGGAACUGAACCCGCUUGGCUUCGCGACGUCAAACAAGUUGACAUCAAGCUGUUAGAAGAAUUCAGCCCUGACAGCCUCUCCGAAUCGUUCCAGGUGAGCAUUCUUCCAACCACAUCAUGCGACAUCCACCCCUUUGAGAAUGGCGUCCCGUGCCCCUCGUGCAUUCGAUAUUGA